AUGGCUUCUCCCGAGCCUGAGCGGCAGCACGCUCCCGAAACUCCGCCUGCGGAGAAACGUAUUGAACAAAUGAACAUGGAAGAUCCAGAGACGGCAAUGGAUCAUGCGGUGGUGGGGAAGCCCUGGAUGUAUAAGCCAAUGAUGAAAAUCGGCAAUUGGGAGGCGCCCUGGUUCGCAUCGCCCGAGGCUCAACUGAUUCUUGUCUCAUGCGUCUGCUUCCUUUGUCCUGGCAUGUUCAAUGCAGUGAGUGGCCUGGGAGGAGGUGGCCAGGUCAAUGCGACCGAUGUGAACAAUUCCAACACCGCCCUGUACAGUACCUUUGCCGUGGUCGGCUUUUUUGCGGGUUCCAUUGCCAAUCGCAUCGGGUUACGCCUGACCCUGUCCCUGGGUGGUUUCGGAUAUUUCCUCUAUGUCGCCGCACUUCUCUCUUAUAAUAUCAACCAGAAUGCCGGCUUCCUCAUCUUUGCCGGUGCCUUACUUGGUGUCUGUGCUGGUCUACUGUGGUGUGCCCAGGGUGCCGUGAUGAUGAGCUACCCCCAUGAGCACGAAAAGGGCAAGUACAUUGCUGUCUUCUGGGUCAUUUUCAACCUGGGUGGAGUCAUUGGCAGCUUGAUCCCCCUGGGUCAAAACAUGCACAGCACAGCUGGCAAGGUGGACAAUGGUACCUACAUUGCCUUCCUGGUUUUGAUGGCGGUGGGUUUUGCCCUCUGCUGGGUGGUCGCCGACUCCAAGUAUAUCAAGCGAAAGGACGGUUCCCGCAUCAUUGUGAUCAAAAAUCCCACCUGGAAGUCGGAAUUCUUGGGUCUUUGGGAGACGUUGCGCUCCGACUCUUAUAUCGUUCUGAUGUUCCCCAUGUUCUUGGCCAGUAACUGGUUCUAUGGCUAUCACUUCAAUUCGGUCAAUCUCGCCUACUUCACCGUUCGCACGCGUGCUCUGAACAGUCUCCUGUACUGGCUUAUGCAGAUGGUCGGUGCCUUCAUUUUCGGUCAGCUACUCGAUAUGAAAUGCCUUUCCCGUCCGGCCCGUGCCAAGGUCAAUUUCGGAAUCCUUCUCGCCAUCACUAUGGGGAUCUGGGGUGGUGGUUAUGUGUUCCAGAAGUCAUACACUCGGGCUACCGUGAAGGCCGACACAGAUUUCAUGGACAGCGACUACAUCGGACCCAUGUUCUUGUACAUGUUCUACGGCUUCUAUGAUGCGGCCUUCCAGACCUGCACCUACUGGUACAUGGGCUCUCUUUCCAAUAACAGCCGCAAACUAGCCAACUUUGCUGGCUUCUACAAGGGUAUCCAGUCUGCUGGUGCAGCUGGAAUGUGGCGACUGGAUGCUCAAAAGACUCCUUUCAUGACAGAGUUUGCCUCCUGCUGGGGUCUGCUAGUCGGCAGCAUGCUCAUUGCUUCGCCGAUCAUCUUCUUCAAGGUGAAAGACAGCACUGCCAUUGAGGAUGACUUGCGCUUUUCCGACGAGACCACUGCCGAUGUUCUGGGAGACACCACCGUGCAGACCGACGAUUAUGAAAAGCCCGAGUCUCAUGAGGAGGAUACCUCCAACAAGUCUUAA